AUGCAGAAGAACUCCGAACCGUCGCAAGCGCAACCAACUCCUGAGGAGCCCGUCCAGUCGAUCGAGGGCGAUGGCAAGGGCAAUGGCGUCCCCAGCAUCAUCACAGACGAGCAAUGGAAGUAUAUGAUGGAUGUGGUCCUGGCGAUCUAUGACAUUCGAGAAGAAGAUGGCCACGAUCCCUCGAGACUUUUCCAUCGCAGUGUCAACAAGCGCAAUGUCCCCGAUUAUUACGAUAUUAUCAAAGAGCCAAUGGCUCUUAGUAUCCUAAAGCAGAAGAUCAACAAACGGGAGUACAAGAGCAUCUCUGAGUUUGUGCGAGACUGUGCCUUGAUUUCGCAUAAUGCGCAAACUUAUAACCGCCCCAACUCCCAAGCAUACGAAGAUUCACUCGUGGUCAAGGAUGCCUUCAUUACUGAAUUCCAGAAAUUAGUCAAAGAAGGUAUCAUCACGACCGACGAGGCCGAAUUCCCGGACCUGGGCGAAAUUCCGGAUCCGGAUCCGCUACCGGAGGAGGACGAGGACGAGGACGAGGACGAAGAGGAUGACGAGGACGAGGAUGACUCUGACGACGAAGGUCGCAGGAAGAGGAAGCGUGGCCCUCGCCCUGGGUCCAAGCGAGACAGUACAAAGGAUGACGGGAAUAAAUCUGCGGAUCCCGAGCAGAGGAAAAAGCGAGGCCGUCCUCCACGUGUUGAUACACCCAUGGAAGCGAGGAUCAAGGCUGUCCUAAAGGGAAUCCGGAAACUUAAGGGGCCUGGAAAUCAAAUCAAAGUUCGGCACUUCGAGCGCCUGCCUGACAAAGGCGUGUACCCGGACUACUACAUCGAGACCAAAGACCCAAUUGCUAUCGAUAUCAUCAAGCGGAAGUCGAAACGGAAGAAGUACAAUUCAGUGGACCAUUUCAUGAAGGAUAUGGACCUUAUGUUUAACAACGCGAAGGCCUAUAAUCAGUCGGAGAGUCAGAUCUACAAGGAUGCGGUGGAUCUCCAAAUGGAAGCAAAAAGGCUUGCAGAUGUUGAAAAGAAGAAACCCGAUAGUGAAUAUUUAAUGGAGGACGGGCGCUUACCGCUUCCAGAAGGAAUUCUACACAAGGACGAACUAUGGAAGGUUGGCGAUUGGGUACAUAUCCAAAAUCCCAACGAUGUGACAAAACCUGUUGUGGCGCAAAUCUACCGGACCUGGCAGGACUCCGAUGGCGACAAAUGGAUAAACGCAUGCUGGUACUACCGCCCGGAACAGACAAUUCACCAUUUCGAGAAACACUUCUAUCCUAAUGAGGUGGUAAAAACUGGUCAAUACCGAGACCAUCGAGUCGAAGAGAUUGUUGACCGUUGCUUCGUCAUGUUUUUCACGCGGUACAACCGUGGAAGACCCAGAGAUUUCCCCCUUGAUAAAGAGGUUUAUGUAUGCGAGGCUCGGUAUAACGAAGAGAAGCAUAAGCUUAACAAGAUCAAAACCUGGGCCAGCUGCCUCCCUGAUGAAGUGCGGGAGAAGGAUUAUGAGAUGGAUUUGUUUGAUUUGCCUCGCAAGAUCAAGAAAAUCCCUAGCCCAAUAAAACAUCUGCUGAAGAGCGAUGCCAAAGAAACAGACGAUUUACCAAAACCAACUUGGGGAGCAGAAAAUGCGCCGCCGAUGGUGGGCGCAGUUCACUGUCGUCCGCGAGAUGAAAACGAAUCACCUCCUCCGGAGCCAACGCCAUCACCGCCGCCUCCCACCAUGCCUCAAGCCUCUAUCCCCUCGGUUUCUCGACAAGCCUCGAUGAGCCAAGCGCCCACACAAGCUGUUGUGAACAGCCCAGCCGCUCUCCUAGCCACAGCAAGCCCUGUUCCGGUGCGGUCGCCGGUUGCUCCUAUUGCGCAACACUCACCAGUUCCUGUUCCCCCCGUUCCCUAUCACCAACCUCAGGUCGCGCCCUCUCAGGUUUACCAGCCAGCACUACAACAGAGACGGUCUAGUGGAUUUGUAGCCCAGAGCCCUAUGCCGGGUGCUUACCAAGGCGCGGCAACCCCUCAUUCAUAUGCUGUCCCUCAGGCCCCGCAAUAUGCCCCAUAUCAAGUGGGCCGCGCACAAGGACCACCCGCUAUGUACAACUCCAACGCUCCUCGGCCAAUCGAAGUGUUUCAUUUAAGUGACACGGCAAAUGCCGCAAUUCCGGAGGAUGUCCGCCAGCAGUUCCAUUGUGACGACCAAGGUCGUGUGCUUUUCUUUUCCUGCCCACCAGUGGACAUCAGUUCGACGGUUUACCAAAAAUUGGGCCACUCACUGAAGUACCUCGCAGCUAAAGAAGAGCGCCAGAGGCUCGUCGAGGCCAAAAAACGGAAAGAGAGCUCUGAGCAACAGGAGCGUGACCAUGCUAUAAAACGGCAGCGGGCUGAUGAGGAAACAGCUGUCGCAGUGAAAACGGAAGCUGCGGCAGAAAAGGCUGUCAAAUCCAUGGCAAAGGAAAUCAUGAAUGGCACAGAUCAGAUUUACAAAGCCUUGUAUUGGGACCAGGCCGAGGCUGCUCGAGAAGCGGAUACAAAAGCUCGUGAGCAACGAGUCCAAGCAGAUCGUGUCACUCGAGCGAAGACGGCACGGAUUCAAGGGAACUCAACAAAGGCAACAUUUGUUAACCUCAAAGGGAGUGGGAUGUACAUGGACGAAAUUGACCCUGCCACCUGA